GCAUCAUUACUGCUUCCGUCUGUCCAUGAAUUUUGUGAUAGGUUGGUCACAGAGUAGCAAAGAAAUAAGGAUCACCUGGGAUUGCAUGUUCCCCUAAGGAGUAUAAACGAGAGAGUAAUUGGAAUACACGCGAGUAUUUUAACGGGGUAUGCCGGCUACUUUAUGAAGCACAUCCGCCAUUCUUCCAUUAAUCCCUCCCAUCCCGCCUGUCUGGCCUAUUGCAGCAGCUUAUACUGAAUCACUUCUCUUGCCGCUAAAACCAAACUCUACUGUCGACAGACUGCCUGUAUGUUUGGACGCAAGUUGAAGGAAGAAAGGAGGGUUUGUUUCAGAAUAUGUAAGUUGUUUUUUUUAUGUUUUUGUUGUUUUUCGAAUUAUUAUAAUUUUUAAUACUUUUACUUUUCUGUGCUGUCUUGGUCAGUUAGUGUAUCUUAAACGCUCUGGUACACGGAGUUCAGUCACAGCAGUUUAAAAACGUUAAGUCAUUCACAUGUCCCCUCGGGGUCUGUCAUUUUCUUUAUCUUAAACAUAAACGUUCUCAGCUCCUUUAAUAUAUCCAAUAGUUUUAAGAACAAGUAUCGAUGAACGGUGCUUAAACGAAACAACGACGUCUUCCACUCAAAAGGUAUGGUAUGAUAUUGUCUUCAUAUAGUUUGCUGUGGACAGGGCUCUGUGAUUUUUGAGGAUGUUCUCCUGAAACUAGUGUGUGUGUGUGCGUGUGCGUGCGCGCGCGCGUGUGAGAGUGUGUGUGUAAUGGUCUUAAUCAAGGCGUGUGUUGUAUAAUCAAAAUAUUUAUUUAAUUCAAUGUGAUAGAACUAGUGAGCUACUGCAGCAUUGUAAUAUUCGACCAACUGUAUCUGCACAUGUUGGUUAAACAGCGCUAGAUGCCCAGAAAGAGAAAAUCUUUUUACAAAAUUAAGCUCAUCUUAGAGAUAAAAUAAAAUAAGAUGCACCAAAAUAGGCAAUCGGGUGUUAAUUGCAACAGAGAUACACAUACUUUCAAAGCAGUGUUACUCUGUCUAUGACAGGGUGAAUUAUCUUGUGCUGCUUUGUUUUUUUCCAUGCAUUGACAUAAUAUAAACCUUUCUUCAUCCCAUGGUAGGGAAAUUUGCAGUUUGAAGAGCAACAAAGCAAUCAUAGAAGAAUAAGUAUGCUCAUCAUGCAUGAGUGUAGUGGUACUCAAUCAAUCCAAGUCCAGUAUGAAGUUUUGACAGUCUGUGAUGAUUUGUGAUGCCCUCUCAUCUGCUGCUGUAGGUCCACUUUGUGUCAUCAUGCUCAAGGUCAUGAUUUUUUUGAGAGCUCUUCAUGAUUCCCUUUGGAUACAAGCUUUCUACUAGACCCCAGCAGAGCUACAGACCGGUUGGCUCCAUGCCAUGUCCCAUUUAUGCAGUAAUUCAUGCAAAAGAAUGUCCAACAAUUUAAGAUUCAAGGUUGCUGAUUUUGUUGCUUGUAAACAUCAAAAUUCAAACAAAAAAAGCACAAAAAUUUUCACUUAACACAUUACAAAUACAAGAGUAAUGGAAAGUUUUUCUUCUUGAAUCAAAUUACAUAAAAAGAAAUUUCAAAAAAUAUAGGAGUGUAUUGAGAUUCACCUGUACUUUUGGAUAGCACCUUGAACCUGGUUUCUAUUCCAGUAUAAAAUAGAAUUGAUUGAGUAAUCAGAAACUUAAAUUCUUCAGUUUAAUGGCUUUUUUAUUUUUAGAAGUUAUAAAACAAACCAAAAAAACAACAAAAAAAUGGGAUAAGGUGAGAUGACAAUCACAGCAAAAAGUCUGUUCAGAGAGAGGCCUUUGGGUUAAAUUAACAAGUGCUUCAAAUUGUCCAAAGGAUGUUUUUGUCAUUUGAUUGACAAGAAGUUACUUAACUGUGGUUGUCUGUUUUGCUGAGCAUAUCACAAUAAAGAAUCAUAGUUUUGAAAAUAUAGAUGAAUUUAAAAAAAAGUAGAUUGAUAUCUAAUUUUCUAGGAGUCUAUGACCCAAGUUUUGAGAGGGGUUUGUCUGUCAAGGUUAUUUCAGAGUUUUCAAGGUCAUCUGUCUUCAAAUGAGCCCGUUGAGGGUGACAGAUUGUUUUAAAGACCAUUUUUCUGAUUCUUGUGCAGAUACAGACACUGUGUGGCCCCGAUCAGCUGCUGAAAAUGGGAAUUACUGGACUGCUACAGUUCAUCAAAGAUGCAGGUGAACCCAUCAGUAUAAAAAAAUACAAAGGACAGACUGUAGCUGUGGACACAUACUGCUGGCUGCACAAAGGAGCGUUUUCAUGUGCUGAGAAGCUUGCUAAAGGACAACAAACUGAUCAGUAAGUCUUUUUUUCCUUUGCAAUAAAAAAGACAAGUUCAGUUCUUUGUAUUGUGCCUGCUCAGCUUCUUUCAGUAAGAAUUAAAGUUCAUAAUUUCUGUUGAUGUUUAUUUUGUUCAACCCCAGGUAUGUGUGGUAUUGCAUGAAAUUUGUGAACAUGCUGUUGACCUUCAGUAUCAAACCAAUCCUGGUGUUUGAUGGACGUAACCUGCCUUCAAAACAGGAAGUGGAAAAAGCCCGCAGAGAGUGAGUAUUGCCUUGGUGGUGUAAAAGUUCAUUACGACUGGACACCACAAUGUGUAUAGGAUAUGUCCAUACAGAUAUGAUCCAAGUUUGUUGCCACUCUCAUAAAAAUCUUUGAAGACAUUAGUGAAAAUUUGUGAGUGAUAGUGAGAUUAUUAGCUUUAUUACUAUUGUCAAGCACUUUGUAAACCCCAGUUUUUUAAAAGUGCUAUACAAAUAAAGUUAUUAUUAUUAUUAUUAUUAUUAUUGUUCUGCUUUUUAUGUGGCAUGUUAGGAAUAAUUUACCACUCACACUCACACAUGAAGGGAUUUGCAGUUUGAAACUGGCUUCUCUGAACACAACAAAUAUGAAAACCAAAGUUAGGUGAAGAAGGCAGAUUAGGGUCUUGAGGUCAAUUUCUAGACAGAAAAAUGUGAUCCUGACAGAAAUGUUUCUGUGUUACAUUAUCUUCCACUGUAUCCACAGAGCACUGAUGCUCUGUGCCAAACACAGUGUUUUUCAUUACUGUAAUAAACAGGCUCAGACAAAGCUUGGUUUAUCUGAAGAGCUGCAUUCCUAAACAGCAACAUUAACACUUUGCUUAUGUGUGGGGAAUGUGCUAAUCUGUGAAAAGGUGAAACAUAACUCACAACACACAAAGUUAACAACAUUAAUGAGGAAAAGUACUCCAGAGAAGAGAAGCUGUAUUAUUGACUUUCCUGUAUUUAAAGUCAGGCAGCAGGAUGUUUGUUUUAAAGUGGUAUGGUACUGUCUAGACACAAAGUCUUCAGUGUUAUCUCUCCUUUUAUUCAUAUCAAACUUCUGCUUUGACUUCUUAAUUAUUCAAACAGAAAUAAUUACAAACUUGCUUUUCAGACGAAGAGAGGCUAACCUUCAUAAAGGCCGACAGCUUCUACGGGAAGGAAAAUUGUCUGAGGCCAGAGACUGUUUUACCCGCUGUGUUAACAUCACCCCAGCCAUGGCACAAAACUUAAUUAAGGUGGGGACUUCCUCAUGGCAAAGAUUAUUAUCACCAUAACUCAUAGGGCUGACUCCAAAGAGGCAUCAAGAAUUUACUUCUUUUGUUUGAGAAAAUAGAGGCACAAUAGGUUGUUGUUUUUCAUUGUUGUGUUACUUAUUCUUUAUUUCCGACUAAUUCAUCAGUCUUGCAUCUUAAUAGUUAGAAAUGUUCAUGGUUUCCUCCUUUUUUGGGACAGGUUGCGAGGGCAAGAGGAGUGGACUGUGUUGUUGCUCCAUAUGAAGCAGAUGCUCAGUUAGCUUACCUCACUAAAUCUGGUCUGGCUCAGGCUGUCAUCACAGAAGACUCUGACCUGCUGGCUUUUGGCUGUAAAAAGGUAUCAACAAAGAUUGAGAUCAUUGUACAAAGAGGAGCUGAAAUAUUCUGAUCAAAAUUUCUUGAACACCAAAUAGUUUAUUUUUGUACAGUGAUCAGUUAACAACAAAAACACAUGAAAUAGCUAACCUGUUUUUAAGGUAACAGGCAAAUGAAAGCAGGGUGAAAACACAGAAUCAAAGGUUUUAGUUUUUGCAGCAAACAAUUAGUUGAUAAAAAACAGCGAUAGACUCUAAAAAGUAGUCCCUUAGCCAUUUAUCUAUUCCUUGUUACAAUCAUCCUCAGGUAAUCCUCAAAAUGGACCAGCAAGGCAACGGCUUGGAGAUCAAUCAGAGUAACCUUGGCCGUUGUCGCUCUUUGGGAAAUGUUUUCACUGAGGAGAAAUUUCGUCACAUGUGCAUCCUCUCUGGCUGUGACUAUCUGGCCUCCCUGCACGGCAUCGGGCUCGGCAAGGCCUGCAAACUGCUACGGCUGGCCAAAGACCCUGAUAUCCUCAAGGUGAGACCAGAUAAUGAGAAACUGAGGUCCAUGUGGACAGGGAUGAUAGGUCAAAGUGGAAACUUGUGUUCUAGUAACAAAAGUAAGGUUUGUCCCAGAACUUUCUGUAGUUAUGACCCUAUGUGCUUUUCUCAUUUUCACAGUAAGAGCAAAAUCUGUGUUGAGUAACAGAUUUUCAGUAAGAUCUAUUUGCACGGCCUCUUUCUUUGUAAACCUGUCUCUCUGCUGUGUAAUGAGGUGGCCCAUCUGAAUUUGUACCUGAAAUGCUGCCACCACCCUCUUACGAUUCUCAGCAGAGUCCCAUAGUUGUUGUACUACAACUACCACUGCUAUAGGUUAAAUACAGAUGACACAGUUACUACAGACAGUCCAACCCAAAUCAAAGAGAUGCAACUGUACACAUUACUGAACUUAACCCAUGACCUCUGCAUUUUCUGAUGAUAAUAAUUGUAGGUAAUUUAUGAUGACAUUUUUUUUCUCUAUAUUUUUAUAUCACAUAAUGGUUGAUAACCAAUGAUACAUGACCUGUAUCAUAAAUUAGUUACACCUAACAAAAAAGCAUAUAUAGAAUAGAAUCUGACUCAAAAAAAUCAGUGUCCAGUCGCAUUUUUUACUGUAUUUAUUUCACUAAUUCAAUUCAUGUUUAUUUCACAAGUGACUCAGCUAUGACAUUUUUUUUCAAGUUGUCCCUUUCUUAAAAUAUUAUUGCCAAAAAAUACAGCAACAUACAGUUUUUGUUGUGAUAUUAAAACAUUGUAAGAAUACAUGUUGCCACACCUAGAAAAGAGGUUAAAAAGUCUCACCUCAAGGGAUUUAACCUUCAAGUUCUCAAAAAAUGGCUCCAAAAGAAAUAAGGAAGCUGACUGAGUACACAUCCUAAACAUGAUGUCUUUCUGCCUUCAUGUACUGAUUGACUUCACGUCAGUUUGGUCUUUUGUAUUUACUGCCAGUGUAAAUAUUUUUCUAUAUUUUGCUGUGUCAAAAGUUCUUGACAGAACACUUUUAAGUCUUACACCUGCAUAAAAAUGACUGUUGAUAGAAAAAACAGUCUGUGGAAGGAUCAGUGCAAGAAAAUUCUGAGUGCUUAUUUUCCUCAUUAGGUGGUCAGAAAGAUGGGCCAGUACCUGAAGAUGAAUCUGGUCGUCCCUGAAGAGUAUGUGGAGGGAUUUAUCAAAGCCAACAACACCUUCCUCUACCAGUUGGUGUUUGAUCCUAUCAGGAGGAAAGUUGUACCGCUGAACCCGUACCCAAAGCACAUCGACCCAGCCACGCUCACCUACGCUGGCAUGUAUCCUGUCCUGGAGCACACCUGGUUAUGGCCCAAUCUCAAUCCACCCCUUACACACUCGCCCUUCACUACUGAGUGUCACAGGUAAUGAAGUUACACUCACAGCUGUGGAGUGCGCCUUAAUUGAAACGGGAGGGUAUAAACAAGACGGGCUGCCCUCCUCUCUCCAACGGAAAACGGAAAGAUUCAUCACCAUAGCAACAUGGAGAUGUGUCCUGUGUAUGGCAGCGUAAACGGGUGAUUUUUUUUUUUUUUUUGUCAGUGAGACAGGGGUGGACAUGUACGGAACUUACAUUUGUAUGUUGUUUCCUCCUUUUCCUUUAUUUUUGCUGGCGCACUGCCUGCACCGGUGCAUCCCACUGUAAGUGUGCACUGGUGCAGACUGCUAUUUGAAGGCUGAGCGGACUCUGCGGUUUGGGACAGCAUUUAAUAUGGUGGAGCCUCUGCUGGGACGCGCAAACGAAGGGGGAGUGUGUAGGGGGCAGUUUGGGAUUGGGCUUAACAUAGAAGGAUAAAAGCAGCUGAAAAGAAGUGUAAAUGUAAACAAAAAAAGAGUUAGAAUAACAGUUCAUAAUAAAACAUCCAAUCAUUAAACAAAAGGCAGCUUUAAACAUGUGGUAGGUUCCUUUUACAGUCAUUUACCCUUGACUUUAUUAAAUUCAGUAACCUUGGGGAUGAGAAAGGUUUGCAGAUGGCGAUGGGGAAUGUUGACAUCAACACGAUGGAGAAGAUAGAUGACUUCAGCCCAGACAAACCUUUGCAGCAGGUACCAGACUAUAAACCUGACACAGUCCAUAUGUCAGAAUUUAAGUGUCACUCAGACCUCACACGGGUUGUUUCAGGUGUCUAAACCCUGCAGUCAUAGCUGGAACAGCUCGUCAGCCUCCACUGGACCCAGUAUCUGGAGCAGACACUUCAAGUCAGGAUCUGUUGCCCUGUCCCAGAGUGCUCCCUCCCCAGAUAGGCCUCCGUCCACCAGAGGGAAGGAGAGAGUUGUCAGCCUGGAUGGACUGAAGCUGCCCUGUAGAGAGCUGCAGGUGAAGAGACCACGAGAAGGUGAGCUUUUUACAUGAUUUACUGUUUUACCUUCCCCAUAAAAAGAUUCUGUUCUGCACAAAGUGUUUGUUGCUAAUGCUGAUGAUUGUGGAAAUCUGGCCCCUGGAACAUUUUACUGACAAAGUCCCCAGCUUUCUACAGAGUUUAAGGUCUUCAGAUGUGUUAGUGUUCUAACAAAUUCAUUGAUCCUGACAAGCUGUGACUGUUUUAGUAGCUCAUUCAUUACGAUUUUAGUGUUAAACGAAGUGUGAAUCACUGUGAGGAUUGUAACUCAGAGUACAUCACAAAUAUCUUACUCACCAGCCUUAUUGAUGAGACUAUUGAAAGCUAUUUAUUUGUAGUUUCAUGUUAGAAACAAAGUUUCACAUGUAGGCUGCAGAGAAAGAGGAAAAGCAAGUUAUCACAAAGUUGGAGAAACUGGUCAAAUAAAUUGAACAAUGGUUAUAAAUGUUUAGCAGUAGCAGAUGGCUGUCUACCACGAGUCUGGUCCUUCCCAAGGUUGCCUGUUAAGGGAAGUUUUUCCUUGCCACUGUCACUCAUGUUGGAUGGGAUGGGUCAAAUCUUCAACUUGGGGUCAAUGUGAUACAUCAAACAAUGAGUGUGGUCUAGACCUGCUCUUUUGCAAAGUGUCUUGGGAUAACGACUGUUGUGAUCUGGCACUACAUAAAUAAAAUUGAUUGAUUGAUUGAUUCUGGCCACAAUUUUGUUUGUCACAAUUGUUUUGUGUUUUAUUUGUCUGUAUUUUUCUUUGAAUUCCCUUUCAUCUGCCUGUCACAUCUCUACAGAAAUGUAAGAAACAUACCAGAAUUUUAAGUAACUGUUCAUCCCCCCGAGGAUCACCACCUUAUUGUGGUGUAGGGGUUUGUCCCCCAGGAACUAUGCUGUCAAGGUUAUUAGCCCCUAAUAGAGUCUCUAACAGAGCAAAUUGGUCCUGAAGGAGGUUCCAGACUAAGAGCGAUUAAGGAAAAAAAAAAAAAACUGUGAAUAAGCAAAGAGGCAGAAGAGCCUCUUUGUCUAGAGGGGCCAUGGGACCUGGUUGGGCUCAGCCUGAAUGAACAAUGCGGAACAAUUUGGUAGACAUGGGGCUUUUUUGUAGUUUAGUUUUUAGGUGGCAGGCGGGUAUGGAGAGGUACCCCUUAACCACUGGCUAACCCAAUGGCAGUUUUGGGCACACUGCCUUCCUGGAGCCUCUGGGUGGAUUACUGGAAGGGAUCCUGGCUGGAGACAAGUUCUUCUGAGGCCACCUGGGCAAUGAUGAAGACACCUGGAGAUGGGUGAUUGGGAGGAAUGGUCUGCCUGAUGAUAACCUCAGCGGUGCUUUUUCAUUGUACUUCUAAGUUAGUCAUGGAUUGGCCUUAACAAACACCAUGCUUGAGAAAAGGGUAGUACUUCCGUGUACCUGGUACAAGCCACCCUCGGCCAAAGAUUGAUGAUAGACUUUGCAGUCCUGUCACAUGAUCCAUGUGCAAAGCUGAAGACAUCUGAAGACUGCCUGAUAGACCUAGUAAACCCAAACACGUAGUGUGGCUGAACAGGGAACUUCUGAUGGAGGGUCCUGUCCCUGAGGUCUUCAACCCCCACCUCCAGAAGGAUUUCUGGAGGUGGAGAUAUAUUCUAGUUUUAAAAAAUGAAGAGGUUUUUUAGUUCACCAAGUUUCAUUAACCAUUGCCCAUUUUGUGACAUGAAAUAUAACUAUCCUUCAUGCCCACUGAGGACAUGAUUAGAGUAAGAUAACCACACAUUAUUCAUGGUAUUUUUCAUGCUAUAUACCAAGCAAUAUGGAAAUCAAAGAACAAAGCACUAAAAGCAGCCAAUAAUGGCCCCAGAAGUGUUAUGGUCUUUUUUUUUCUCUCCAUAGACUCUGGUCUAUCAGACCAGGAUGUGCUGCAGCUGUACACAAGCUGCAGUCCAAAGAGAUCCAGGUCAGAUCAACAGCCAGACAAGCAGACAUCAACCAGUCAGCCCCACCCACACAACCGCUUUGCCACCCUGCUGCAGAGGAGAAACCAGGGCGCCGUAGAGUAUGGCGAGGGCACGCGCAGCAGGUAAUAACACAGAAAUCAAUCUUUGCCUUUGCUUCAGAUCUGUAUUUGAUCAAGACACACAUGUUUACUAUGAAGUACUGCACAACAAGCAACACAAGCAUUCAGAGAGUUUAAAAACACGUUGUUUAAAGUUUGUCUGUGAGAUUGAUUGAAACGCAUUGACAUAUGAUUCAAAUUUAUAGACAUUAUACUUCUGAAAUCCAUUAUUUGUGACCACGGUUCACUGUCUUGUAAUUUGACAAAUCAAGUUAGAGGACAGUACACAUUGCUUAUACACUAAACCAGCUGCCUUUGCCCAAGAUAUUUCUUAAUCAACGAAUCAACAGCCCAUUUAUGCAUGUGUGACAGUAACACUACUUGGACAAACUGGCUGAAAUGCGUUUUCAGAGAAUUUUCAGGGAUUUAGAGUCAGUCUGCGCAGCAGAUGGGUUAAGUGCGUGAAAACUUUUUAUUUAUUUAUUUUUAAUGGGUGUGCAAUUUGAGAAAAUCCCCCAAACUCAAGUCUCCAUCUCUGCCACCAUGAUAGACAGUUGUAUGGCUGUGUAUAAAUGUGUGUCAGUGGUGAAUCUUAAAUGAGAUGUUUAAUUCAAACUUUAAAAAAAGUCUCUGAGGCUGAAUUGUUUACAUGUGAGGAACAUGUGUGGUCAGUGUGAAAACACAUUGGCCCUCAUUUAUCAAUCUUGCGUAAAACUGAGCGCAGGAUUCAUAGUACGAUAAGACACACGUGAGAUUUAUGAAAGGGUUCGUAUCUGAACAAUCUCAGCGUACAUAUGAUCGUCAUUAACAUGUCACGCCCUUAAAUAUUUGUGGUUCAGACGCCUUGCACACUGAGGUCAAACAUGAAAGAGGAAAAAUAUUACAAAGAUUCGAAACUUUUCCGAGCUGAAGGUGGAUAUUCUCGCAUCUGUGGUGGAAACUAACAAGGAUUUUCUCUUUGGAAGCAUCAAAACUGGUAUAAAAGCAGUCCAGAAAACUCCUGUCUGGAGCAGGAUUAUGGUGGCGGUGAACAGCGCUGCCGCGUAAUAGUGGACAGUGUCUGAAGUUUGAAUAAAUCAUUAGUCAAUAAGUUGCUCAUGAUGAUAAAUUAAUAUCUCAUACAUGCAUCAUAUUUUUUUAUUGCCAUGACAUAGGAUACGUUGCUCCUAUUAUUGAAAGUAUUUAGUUUUAAUUUGUUGCGUCUUUGUAAUGUAGAGCAGACUGGAGAGUCUGACAGAGGCUCAACAAAAAUAACAACGUCACCAAACGAUGUGUUGCUGCCCCUGAGGCACAUUUUUAUGGAUUUCUAUUGGAAGAGCACUUUCUAAACGUAUACUUUACAUCCAUCGAUAAGGUCCUGUCUCCUCUGUACAGCACCUUUGUGGAGUCUCUCCUCGUAAUUGUUCUCUGGGCAUCGGGUUCUUACGUUGCACCGGCACAGCCAACGGCACUCCAUUCACCAGUGCAACAUUGUGAAAAACUGUACCGGUGCAAAUGAUGUCCCACACCCUUUCAGGAGUGUACAACAACGUCCUCCGCUGCUGGGCCAAGACGAGACACCUGCCUUUUAGGAGUCAGACCCAGCGCUCCACAGUGUGCAUAUGUGUGCAAUGUUAAAAUGGUGCUCCUGCUCUGUGGCAGUGUUUCUGGGCAGAGUUAUCAAAUAGGUCUAUUCACUAAGGACAUGACAAAUUAAUUGGUUUUUAUUUUAUUUACGUCUUAAUAUUUAAUGAAAUCUGGCUGAUUGUGCUUAGUGACAGGUUUGAGGUUUGUUUAUUAAUUAUUUUGAGACAGACAUUUGCUGCUCAAACUUGCGUACACGAUGUCAGACCUGUUGUGAGAUUUGGUCAUAGCGUGCACUCACGUGCAGAUUGAUAAAUGCCAAUCCUCACGUCGCAACUUACGUACACAAGGUGUGUGUAAGUUUUCUGCCGUACGCAAGCUUGAUAAAUGAGGGCCAUUAAGUGGAGCAUUUUUGCUGUAGUCAGACAUCUUCAUAACGCGGUGCAGUUGGUCCAUUAAAUCUUGAUCUGUUUAUAUUAUUACAUCAUGUAGGUUCUUCAGCAGUCCCUCUCCAGCAGCAGUUCUGAGCACCCAGGAGCCUCAGCAGGAUUCACCUCAGGAAAUGGAGUCCAUAGUUGUGAGUCACUCUCAGGACAAGUCCCCUAGCACCAAGACCACUGAAAGUGAUGGUCCUGAUGUUACAUCUGUGGAUACCCCCAGCCCACCUCAGUCACCAAGCAACACCUCCCCCAUUUCAGCCAGUCAGGGCCUCAUGCUGUUCCACUGGUCAGAUAACUCCCCCUCCACUGAACGAUCAAGGCUGCCUAAGUCCACCUCAGGCCUGAGUGCCUUGCAGCAGUUCCAGUAUAAAAAGGAGAGUUCAUCACCUAAAAAGACACCCAGAUCACCUGUAGACACGUCACCACCACAACAGCCAUGUGAAAGAGACCAAAAGGACAAUGAGCUCCCAGACUCCCCUCCCUCCCAGGACAGUGCUUAUUUCUCUCAGUCUCAGCAUCAUCUCACUUCCUGCCAUAAGGCGGAAGUCCUCACCUACAGCUUUCCCACCAUGCAGGAGGAUGCUGCAAGUGUAGGUUCAUUUCUUUUCUUUUCUCCUCUGCCUUCUUAAAUGUCUACACCUCACUUGUGGUUCGGUCAACCAUCACACAUACAUCAUCACCAGUUUCCUGUCCUAUGUGGGGGUGUAAACUUUGUUUGGUUGUUUGACAUUGGGCUCUAAUGUGCGUCUUUUAUGUGCCUCUGCAGGAUAUGAACUCAAGCAAAGAUUCAGAGAUAGAACGGAGUCCCACACACUCACCAGAAGGAAAUAAGAAACCAGCUCUGAAAGGCUCAAAGGUGAGGCCUUAUCUUGAGUAGAUUUGUCAGUGAAAGUCAGUUUGAAGUCUUUUUAUAAAAGUUGACUUAAACUUUUCUUCAGAUAAUUGACAAUGUUUUGAUUCUGUUUUGUAGACAGGGUUUCAACAGAUCCUUACCAACUCUUAAUGAACAUUAUCUCAGACCAUAAAACAUCUAGAAGAAAACAAAGGUCUCAUUUUCACCUGUGAGAGGUCUCAAAUUUUAAAUGUAACCUGGACUGCUAUAGAUCUGGGUAUUCUAUCAAAACUGCACUCACUGGUCAAUGAUACAUAUUUUCUAAUAACAUCAUAUUGUGGAUGUCCUUGUUCAUGUGACUUUUUUCUGUAUUCAUCGGGAACUCUUAUACCCGGUUUUCAGUUAUGAUGCUCCACUCUCAAUGUAUAUAAAGCUUUCAUUUUGAUAGUGAUUAUUAUCAUGGUUUUCCUGCUUCAUUUCUGUACUUGUCAUGGUUUUAGAUGGCUUUCUACUUCAUGAUUUGUUACGAGCCAGGUUUGAUCAUGUGCACUCAGAGCUUUUAACUGCAGAGCUCACCACACUGAUACACGUCAUGACAGAGAGUCAAAAGUCUACACAGCAGGUGAUAAAACAGCAACAACAGCUUCACAGAGCAACCAGUGGAGAUCACUUCUAACUACCUACUCAACCACACCUUCUUGAUAGGUUAUAAUAGCUAAACAAGCUAGGACUAGCUUACUUUGUUACGUUUUCAGAGUGAGUGGAAUGAGAGCAACAACAAACUGAACUUUGCACUCCUUUGAAUUUAUGCAACAUCUUAAGUUUUGCUGCCAGCGACUUUUCAGAUUCAGAAUAUGGAUUCAAAAAAGGAUGAAUAUGAUAUUGUGUCAAUACCUCUUCAUUGUAUGCUGGAGGAGUAUUACAAGCUGCUCAGCUGUAUGUAAAAAGACCCAUAAGAUUGAGUUUAUUUAAAUUUAAAUGAAAAAGAACCCUAGCUUUUUUAGCUCAAACAGUAAGCUGAUUGACUUUAAUGCAUUCAAAGUGACAGUCAAAUAAUGUCCUAACUAUCCAGAUGGACUACAUUUAAUCACUCCUGAGUAUGUAGUCUUUCUCCCUUCAGGUUUCAGGUCUAUCAAAGCAGAAGUCCAGCAGUCAGAGUCCAGCAGCCAAAGUGGGAAUGUUGGGCCCAGCCAGGGCCAGUGGUCUAAGGAAGAAGUCUGUUGGCUCUGCAAAGAAAACCUCUGUCAUUAAUGAGAACAGCCCUGGUGUUCAGGCCAAGAUCAGCAGCCUGUGGAAGAACUUCAGCUUCAAAAAGUAAAAAAAUAGAAACACUCAAAUUAUUUUAUAAAUGAAUGUGAAGAAUGGGCAACUUGAGUUGAGGAUUAAAUGUUGUCACUGUCACGGGCAUUCAAUUAUCAGUCUGUUAAACCAAUUCUUAAGGGUGCAGUAUUAGUCACAUUUUGCAGAUCAAAGAUAAUAGAAAUAGAUCACAAUAUUUGGGAGUCAAAUGUUUUGGUCUCACUGUAGAUGAACAUCGUAUAUAUGAUGUGGGAAUAAAAUCUUUCUCAGAUUCUGCAGAAAGAGCUUCAGGAGUUGUUCCUGGUACAGUUAGUUUAUGUUGUGACCUUGGUUAUAGAAUUUAUACACAGCUGUUUAAUGCAUGCAUUGGUCCUAUUUCAGAUUAUAUUCCAGAGGUUUGAUGUUAUAAACAAUCCAAAUGUGAAGCAAAACAGAGCGACACAGUGUUUUCAUGAAAACGUGCAUGAAAAUGCCCCUAAACCUGCAUUAUAUGGUGAUGUGGUUAGCAUGGUAAUAGAUUUAUUGAUAUGUCGGAUGACAGACUGACCAAACAAAUGCUAUUGGGAUUAUUCACACAACUAUACUUGAGUGAAAGGCCUUGCAGAAGUAUUUGAUAAUGCAGAUUUUGUAUUUGUAUUUUGUUUAUUUAGCACAGAUUAAAAACAGUGCAAGGAGGGAACGAAGCCGGUGGGCUUAUACAGAGUUCCACUCCCGUCAGGUCAGAGAAAACAUAAGGUGCAGACAACUAAGUACACAGACUGGAACACAGACAAAUCAGCAAACAGUGAUAAAGAAAAUAAAGUAUUUAUAAAAAGGAAAGAGAUAUGAUCAUAACAGAUAAUGAUGUAUUUAAGACAUGAUCAGAUGAGAUUUUAAUGAUAUUUUAAAGGAGUUAAAGGAUGAUAUUGAUUUUAGAGAUGCAUCAAGAUUAUUCCACAGUUUCUCCAAUAUAUCUGUAGAAAUAGGUUCACAUGCAUGAGUGAAAUUAAAACACAACUAUUUACAAAGCUACAAACACAAACAGUUAAAAGUCCUAUGUGGGCCAAAACUAAGAGCAUAGUCUGUAAAGAAUAACUUACAGUCCCAAGUUGUGACCCUGAACUUGCCCAGAAAUGGAAAAGAAAAGGUGGGGGAUGGCAGUUGACAGACAGACAGACAGACAUCUCCGCUGUUUUCAGUGAUUUAUCAAACUCAAAUGAUCAAAAGCAUUGAGUUCGGUGUGUUGUCUCUGGAAAAUCAAGUAUCAACUUAUUAAAUAUUAUCUGACCUUAUUUGAACUGUUUAUCAUGCUAGAGGAAUUUCAAACCCAGCUGAAGCAGAAACCAGACUGUUCACAUUGUUCGAAACAUUUUCAAAGCAGGGAGAGGGAACAGUUUUAGGCCUCAGACCAGCUUAGAUUCCUGGCUGUGACACAGUCUCUAAUGAAACAGCUGUAAAACCAUUCUUCUUCUGUUUUACAGAGAAACCCUAAAGAUGGCUUCCUCCUCAAAAUCACAGCCCAUGUCUCCAGUCAUAGACAACCUGCCGACCAGCUCCCCUCAGACGUAAACUUAAUCACCAGUUUCUGAUUGGUGCUAUGAGUGUUUUACACAGUGCUGAGCUUGCUCAUGCUCUGUGUGGGGCUGACGCUUUUAAACAUCAGCCCCACACAGAGCAUGAGCAUGUAUGUUUUUGAUUUCUUCUCACUGUAAAUGUGUUUUUUUAUGUGUAGUAUUAAUAAAGACACUGUCUUCAGAUCUGA